AUGCAAGCACUUCGCCAUCCAAUUCACCAUCUUCGUCUCGCGCUACCAGCCCCAUCCAUACAUCGGCCCUGGUCUCGCAGUAGUGUCCCGCCCAUCUUCAUCCCCAUCACAUCUCGUAUCGUGCGUGGCCGUGGCGUGAUGAGCUCCCGGCGCGAGGACUCGAUUCCACACGAGCUUCGCACGGCGGCAGAGCCCCGACAGAAUCGACUAUACCCGGUGCGGCUGUCGCAUGUGGAAUACGCCAACUCGUCGGUCCGGUUGCUGCAAUUGACUCUUCCGAGACAGGAUUGUGACGAUGUAUAUCAAGAACCCUUUUCUUUCCUACCGGGUCAGUGGUUAGACGUUCAUAUCCCGUCAAUUUCAACGGCCGGCGGCUUCACCAUCACAUCCACGCCCGCAGACGCCCGUGUAUUACCCUCGCUAGACUCGCCGAUCGACCCACCAGAUGGCGAGAACCCCGAGCUAUCAGUCUCUGAGUCUCGAGGCAGAGAGCCCUUUGUAGAAUUGGCAGUUCAAGAGGCUCAGGCUAAUCCUCCCGCGGCAUGGCUGUGGAAGCCCCUCGAGGAAAUCCUGGGGAAACCGUUGAAUAUUCGGGUUGGGGGAAGCUUUACUUGGCCUCCGAGUGUGAACGAGAUCAGUGCGAUCAAAAAUGUGGUGAUGAUUGCGGGCGGUGUUGGAAUCAAUCCAUUGAUUUCAAUACUUGCCCAUUUAAACAACGAAAGUUCCACUUCUCCCCCAUUACAUGUUCAUCUCCUCUACUCCAGUCGCCUCCCGCCAGGCCACACUGCCGCUCACAAGUCAAGUGAAUCACCAUCAAUCGAGGACCUAGAGAGCCAAAUCUUGUUCCUCCCACGAAUUCGGUCCAUCAUUCGCUCCCAGCAGCAAGCUCGACGUCUGCGAGUCUCACUGGACCUCUUCUUGACGCCUGCGAGUUCUUCGGAGCAGGUCUCGGUGGAGUCACCCGCAGAUCUGACCGAGGAUGGGACGAAGGGACCUUUUAGGGCGGUGCAUGGCCAAGAUGGCAAGCGAGAUUCGCGAGAAAGCGUGGCCUAUGUGUGUGGGCCACCGCAGAUGACGGAUACGAUGGUGGAAAUGCUCGAGAUCAUCAUGGGGGCGGAGGGUGGAAAGAGUCGGAUCUUUUAUGAAAAGUGGUGGUAG